UAAAUUUUACCGAURAGCACUUACCAAAUAAAUGUUUGGUAAACAGCYCCUAAGUUUUGCAACCKCCAUUUUGCAAGUGUCCAAACUUAUAAAUGAUCUGUCACCUACUAUGUUAUAGAAACCACAUUAUGUAGAUAACUGAAUGCCACUUGCGUGAUUAUUGUCCUAAAUUAUACAGUGUCKUAAGAGUUCUAGGCAAACUAAAACAAGAAUCACGUCAAACAUGUAAUGGUACCGAAUUGUCAAACAUGAUUAUUGUCCUAAAUUAUACAGUGUCUUAAGCUUCUCAUCAUAACUUCCAUUAUCACCGAAACCCAACUUGUGUAUGGUCUGACCUUGGGUCCAAAUGGGUCGUUCAUAAUCUUUCAUAUGGUUAUAUAAUUGCCACAAGUGUUCAUAUGUGUCAUGUUCAUAACUGCKCCAAGUGUUCAUAUAUGUCAAAUURUGUUCAUAAUUUUCAAUAGUGUUCAUAUAUGUCCAAUUUGUGUUAAUAUAAGUACUAUGAGGGUCCAUAUGCCAAAUAUGGCCCUGAUGUUUAACGACAAUUUGCAGCAGCGGCGCUUUUUAUCGAUAAUGCCCGGUGGGAUGGCGUUYUGUUUCUUAWGAAAUCCGGCAAGGCCCUCAAUACUAGACGAUAUGCAGGUUGAAGAGCUGAAAGGAAGACAGAAGAAUUUGACUGAUGGAAAUCCUACAGAAAUGGCCUUGUCCAUCUUCCCUGAAAGAAUAAAUUCCAUCAAAGCAAUACUGGAUGACAUGAAGACGCAAAUGGUGGAGGAGGAGAAUACCAUUAGGACUAAGGAUCAGACCAUGGCAGAACUUGCUCUUCUAAUCCCUCCACUCAAAGAGAAUCUGCAAGAGGCCGUCAAAUGAAACCAAAAGGUUGUUGCAUGCCAGGGAGAUGGAGAUUGAAGAAA